CAUAGCUGCUAGUGCGAUAUACACGCGAGACGAGCGCACACACGCGUCACACACACCGUCCGGACAUCUCCGGCGGAGGCGUUCGAGUCACCUGCCGUAUAGUAUAGUUAUAUCGAACGACAACAACUGCAGUAUAAUAAUAAUAUACAUUGCACGCCAACGCCGCAGGACGUCCGCGACCCGCGAAGACGACGGAAGUAUUGAAAUCAAAUUUUCGUAAAAGUUUCAGUCCGUAUAAUUACAUAGUAUUCUAAAAUCGCCACGCCGGCUCCUGUCUGCAGCAUAUUGUAUUACACGGCAUGUGAUGUAUUACAGUGUGUACGGAACCACGCGCAAGCUCGAAAACACCGACGCGAACUCCGCGCGCUACUUGCAGCCACCGUUUUCAGCGUUUUAUCGUCGAAAAUAUUAUAACGGAAUUCGAUCACACGGUGAGGAAUCGUUUGUGCGCCAGCAGUACGCGGCGCGGUGAUCGUCCGACAGUCAUGUCACCGCCGCCGUCGCCGCUCUUCAAUCGCCGACAACCACCGCAGUACGCCUCCCGCAACGACGACGACGGUGCAGACGACCGCAGCCGCAGUUGUUUCGAUCACUCCGGCCCGUUUUCCGGUACCUCGCGCGUCUUCGCCGGUCAACAGUCUUCUUCCGGCGCAGCUCCGAUAACUUCCGGUUCGCCGCGCCGAUGACGGCGUCGUCGUCAUCGUCAUGACCGACCGCCGGUACAGCGGCAGCUGCGGAAGCAGCAGCAGCAGCAGCAGCAGCAGCAACUACAGCGGCUUCGGCCACGGUUACAGCGGUAACAACGGUUACAGGUGCGGCAUCAAAACGCAACUGCACGCGCCGUCGUCGGGCCGAUGCAACAACCACCACAACAACAACAACAACUACAACAACAACAAUAGCAUUUGCAAGACCGGCGUCGCCCGACCGACGACGGCCGCCAUGCACGUGAAGAAGAGGUGGAAGACCGCCGCGGUCAUGUUGCUGGCUGUGGCCACCGUGUCCACGGUGACCGCGGCGUUUUACUUCAAUUACGCGGCGACCGCGUGUUGCGCGGUGGCCCCGCAGUCGUCAGCGUCGCUGCUCCGAGAACCGUCCAAUACCGCGGUCGCGGACGGCGGUCCUAACCGGUCCAAGUCGGUCGGCUUCUCGGCACUGCGCAGCACGUCCAAGCUGUACGCCGUGUGCGAAAUCCGCGAUCGUCUACGCAGCCCCGCCGACCGGGACAGAUUUAGCCGUUAUCGGCGACAAACAGUUGACAGCACGAGCAGUACCGUCAAUAAAAUCCAGGAAAAUAAACACAAUAACAAUGGGGAGAGUGACACUGCCCGUGACGGUGACAAGGGAAACGAUACUACUCUUAUUUAUUUCAUUACGCCUACGUAUCCACGACGAGAGCAAAUUGCCGAGCUCACCAGAUUAGGUCAGACACUAAUGCAUGUCUCCCGACUUUAUUGGAUAGUAGCUGACGACCGACCCGACUGCAGUCUCCAAAUAAUGAACCUACUACCAGAUUUCAGCAUUCCUUACACAUAUAUUGCUAGCCCUAUGCCAGCAAUAUAUAAACGCGACCCCGACGCCAUGCCCCGUGGUGUUUCCAACCGUAGAGCUGCUCUCAACUGGAUAAGACUGAAUCACAACAUUAAUGACUCGAACGCUGUCAUUUAUUUUGGUGAUGAUGACAACACGUUCCAUCUGGAUCUUUUUAAGGAAAUACGUACCACUAAGAAAAUAUCAAUGUUCCCGGUUGGUUUGGUCGGGGAGUAUGGUGUUAGUUCACCGAUUAUUGAUAAAGGAAAAGUAGUUGGCUUUUUCGAUAGUUGGCCAGCAAAAAGAAAAUUUCCUGUGGACAUGGCUGGAUUUGCUAUUAAUGUUCAACUUUUAUUCAAAUAUCCUUAUGCAACUAUGCCAUAUAAGGCAGGUUUCGAAGAAGAUCGUUUUCUCUCAGCACUGGCUAUUCGAUUAGACGAAAUUGAACCAAAGGCAGAAAAUUGUACAAAGAUUUUGGUUUGGCACACUCAAACAGCAAAGAAACCCAAGCCAAUAGUCAUGGUCAAAUCCAAAGCAUCAUUGCCUGGUUCACUUGCUACUCUACUCGAUCAAGUAACUAUGUUAGGUAUUGGUGGAGUGAGCGAAACCACAGGUGUUCGCAGUUAUAUGACAAAAAAUGGUAAUAUUUUUAGAGUAUGACCUAAUAUAACCUCAUUUUCUUUUAAUAUUUGUAUAAAGUGUUUUAUUAGAUAAAACGUAGUAUAAUUUUUAGUAUAAAUUAUUAUUAUUAUAAGAUUUUAUUUUAUUUCUUUUAAUUUGUAUUGUUACUUAUAAUAUUUUUGUUUUCAUUUAUAUAUUUUGUUGUUGUUGAAGUCAUUAUAUUAUAAUAUUGUUCAUGUUUUUUUUUUUUUUUUUUAAUGAGUGAGUAAUUUGGAUACUAUAAAUUAAAAAUUUUAAAUUUCAACACAAAAUAAUUUUAUUUGAUUGCCAAAUUAUAGCUUCAUUACUUUAAAAUUUAAAUAAUGAAUCUAUUCAAUGAUUAUUAUUUUAGUUUAUUUUCUAAGAUAAAUGUUAUAACAGAUUAGUUUCAGUAUUUUAUAUAUAUAUAUAUAUAUAUAUGUAAAAUGUAAAUAAUAUACAUGUAAUUUGAUUUUUAUAUCUUAUAUCUUUAGUAAUUGCCACUUUGUUGUCUCUUUGUAUUAUCUUUUAUUUGAUGGUGUUGAUAUUUCUCCAAUAAUUUCAUCCAACACAUAAUUUAGCAACCCCAUUGUUUGAUCUUGAACCAAAACUAUGUCAAAAGCAAGUUUAUAUUGUUGCAAAUAACCAUCCUCGUGUUCCAUCUGUAAUUAAUGUAAUAUAUUCAUAUUAUGUUAAAAAUGAAUAUUUAUUCAAAUAAUUUAUAUUAUACAAAAUAUAUGCUAUUACCAAAUCA